AGUACGUCGCACAUGCUUAGUCAGUAGCCACGACACGCGUUAGAGGAGACACAUGCCUUCCGACAUAGAGGCCACGAAUUCAUUCCUAUUGCUGCUCAGUGUUCUUUAAUUUUAUCAUCCACAAUGUAAAAAGAGAGAGGCGUGAGAAAGAAACAAAGCAGGGAAAACAAAAAUGGCUGACACAGGCAAAGGAAGCUCCGGCGCUACUAGCUGCAACGAUCGUUGUGGCUGCCCUUCUCCAUGUCCUGGUGGUGAAUCUUGCAGGUGUAGGAUGAGUGAAGCAUCUGGUGGGGAUCAAGAGCACAUCACGUGUCCGUGUGGAGAUCACUGUGGCUGCAACCCUUGUACUUGCCCCAAGACUCGAACUCAAACCACUGCCAAGGGCUGCACCUGUGGUGAGGGUUGUACCUGCGCCACUUGCGCUGCUUAGUCAUCCUUAACUAUGUUUAUAUCAUACUUACUACUGUUAUGUACUAGUUAGUCGAUAUGGAAUAAAAACUAGACGAUAAAAAUAUGUCAAUGUUAUGCUUCUUGUAUAUGUCAAUAAAAGAGGGUCUUUGGACUAAUACAAAACUACAAACUGGGCCAAGUCGAAGGAGAAGAGUAUAUAUAUGACUGGGACUGGCUGAGUAAACUAAAAUUGGGCCUAGAAAAAGAAAGAAAACCCUAAAAAGAUGUCAUUGUCUUCUCUUCAUCCUUGUUCCUCCAUCUGGAUCUGGUAUAGGUUGGGAUAUGAUCCUGUUGGUGAUCAGUUCAAAGCAUUGACCUUAGUGUCUCUUACUUACCGGGACCAUGAUUCUCUAGUGCACCAAGUUUUAACACUUGGAGGAGAAUCUUCAUGGACACGCAAUAAGGUCACCACCCUGCCUUAUUACACUAUAACUAAACCAAUAUGCAUCAAUGGUUUCCUAUAUUAUGGUACCCCCAACCCGAUAUGAGGAGAGCCACGUGAUUGUGUGUUUUGAUCUCAGAUAUGAGAGGCUAGGUUUUAUCAAAGCACCUAGGGGUGUUAUGUCUUGGGAGAGUGAAUCAAUAUUGAUUGAAUACAAAGGCAAGUUAGCUUCCAUUGAGAGACAUCCUUAGUUUUGAUUUAUGGAUACUAGAGGAUGUGAUGGAACAUGUUUGGUCCAAGCAAACACUUGAG